AGCUAUUGUGCAAUUUAGUACCUAAAAGAACGUCAAAUAAGAUUUACAAUAAAGUGCCAAUAGCAGAAGUGAAUGACAUAUCAGGAUUUGACGUGUUUUAAUAAAUUAAUAAAUUUUUAAUAAGCCAACGUAAACAAACUUAACAAAACUCAAAAGUGUGAAAAGAAAUAAAUCGAUACUAUUUUAAUAUACAUACAUAUGUAUGUAUAAGCACAUAUGUUUAUGCAUUUACAAAAAUUUAUAACUAUUUGAAAUAUAAGGAUAUAUUGAAUUAUUGAGACGAUAACAAUCAAAUUAGCAACGCCAGCAACAAUAAAUUCAUCAAAAUGUCAUGGAGAUAUACGCCCCCCAAUGACAAGUAUAGCACCAAUAUUGGGGAAAGGUACAGUCCGUUGUAUUACCAGCCACCGAGUCGAUUGGAUAAUUCAGACCAAACUACAGGCCGUCAUUUGCAAAGAGUCCUAUAUUAUUCAAUGACGCCCUGCAGGAAUCUGACAGGGCUACGAAGAACAGAAUGCGCCUUACAUGAUGUUGACUGUGAUGAAGUAUAUCCUGGUAUUUACAUUGGUGAUGUAGCUGCGGCGAAAAACAAAUCAUUUCUGCGAAUGAUGGGCAUUACACAUGUGCUAAAUGCAGCUGAAGGUUGCCGCUACGGUCAAGUGGACACUGGUCAUAGUUACUAUCGCGAUAUGCCAAGCAUAAGAAGAAACAACAAAGAUACUAUUUUUAGAUAUAUGGGCUUCCCAAUGGUUGACGCACCUACAACAGACAUAUCCCGAUACUUUUAUGUCGCAGCGAAGUUUAUUGAUAGCGCAAUCAGCAGUGGAGGGAAAAUUCUAGUUCAUUGCUUAGUAGGCAUGUCAAGGUCCGCCACAUGCGUACUCGCUUACCUGAUGAUUUGCCGAAAAAUGACCGCCUCAGAUGCGAUACGAAAAGUUCGUAUGCGUCGCGAAAUUCGACCAAAUGAGGGAUUUCUGCAGCAAUUAGCGGAUUUGGAUAUGGAGCUUAAAAGGAACAAAAAUUAUCAAUACUGAGUUUUCAAAACUUCAUGACUACCUUUUUAAUACAAUAUUCGAACGUUUAGUACAACUGGCGAUAGAAUUUAGAAACACUAAUAAAUGUAUUCUAAAAUACUAAAAACUCA